AUGGCCACGCCGGGCUCCGCAUCCCAGAGCGCCGUGUCGACUCCCUCGCCACAGAAAGCAUACAAGUGCUUGUUACCCCAGGAAAGAGUGUUUUCCAUUCAGAUUGGGACUGAGCUCUUCCGUCUCUCGGGAGCGUCGAUUGCCUCCGAUGCCCCGUCAUAUUUCUCCCAAUUCUUCGAAGAGCAGCUGCGGCAGAACGGAGACGGCGCGAACAUUCGGACGUUAUAUAUCGAUCGAGAUCCGGUAACGUUCAAGGAUAUCGUGCGACAUUUACAGGGAUACCAUGUACGCCCUAGAGACAGUGCGCAGUUCGUGAAGCUGUUCGCGGAUGCUCAAUUCUACAGUUUACCCCGGUUAAACUCACAACUAUUCGAAUCAGAGAUCAGCAUCCAGAUCGGCGACCGCGAUUUCCAAAUCCCCCGCGACAUCUUCUCCGGACCAGGCGACUCGCCCAACUUCUUCACUCUCGGCUUCGGUGCCUUCUUCGCUUCUCCCACGCAGACCUUCCCCGGCCUCGAGCGCAUCGGCCUUCUACGUCCCCCGGCCAUCGUUCCUCCCAGCAUCCCCAAUCGAUCCGGCGAGGUUUUCGCCGACAUCCUCCAUCUCCUGCGCGGUUAUCCGCUGCACAUCCGCAGCGAAACCCACCGCGCCGAACUUCUGCGCGACUGUCGUUACUUCCAUCUCCGCGGCCUCGAGCAGAAGCUCAUCCCCCACGACAUCAGCUUCAACCCCAUCCGGCAGCGCUCCGAGAUCAUUAUCCGGCUAGAAGACGUGCGGCGCUCCGGCAUCAACUUCGCCCCCGAUAACCCCACCGCUCCUCAAUCCUCCCCUGGAUGGGUCACAUACUCCCGCCCCUUCAUCGACGAACAGCCCCUCGACCUGAUCGUUGAGAUUGGCGACGAAUGCACCCUCGUCGACCUCGCCCGCAUGCGCGCCCAAUUUCUCUCCCUCACCAAAACUCGCAUUACCGCCCUCUUACAAGUGAUCGCCAAUAAAAUCACCUCCACCACAACCACCCCAACUGCAUCCGCCUCCCCAUCCAGCAGUUCUCCCGCGUCCGAAACCUCCGCUAUCCGCAUCGAACGCGACGCCGACCUCACCGUCGACGGCCAAUUCACAUCCCACGCCGAUAUCUUCGGCAGUCCUGAUCCCGCCGCGGCCGAUUCCUCGGAUCCACAGAAUCCUCCCGCCAAGCGCCGUCGCGUCGACGGGUCGUCGGGCGGCGCGUCGGGGAAAUGGAUCGUUAGGACGGGGCAGUGGCGGUUGCGCGCGCAGCCGUCUACUGUUGUUCCGGGGGAGGUCGAGAUCGUCUUGGUGGCAGUGAAGUUGGAUGGUUAUAGUGAGGCGAGGAUGCGGAAUCGGAAAAGGGGGUUCCUGGGGUCGUGA